AUGGGGAGGCAAGCAACUCUUGCUACUAAGAACACUACAGGCAAGGUUAAAAAGCCUUGUCGCUAUAAGCCAGGUACAGUCGCACUUAGGGAGAUAUAA